AGUGCAAACUCUGAUUUGCUAAAUCAUAUGUGAUUUGUAUACACUUUCACCCAAUGGGACUGUUUUGCAACCACCAUUGGGACAACCACUGGAUUUAAUGCCUCCAGGUUUGGAUGGUAUUAUGAAUCAAUUGGAAAUAACGAUGCUGAAAGCGUUACCAAAUUCAAACUUGAGGUGGAGGUGGAAUAUGAUAACCAUAAGGGGAUCUUUGUUUUUUGGGAUAAGGAUUGUAUCCCUUUUACUAAAUUGACUGCUCAGGAAUUAAGAGAAAUCAUGAAGAAGGCUGGAGAGGACAAUCCUAAACUAUGGCCUACUCAUCUGGAUGUUCUCUUGAAUAAACAAAUGGUCUUUCGUAUCAAGUAUCAAUCACAAUUCAGACGAUUCUCUAUCGUGAAAAUACUCAACGAAGAUGGCCUUUACCAAAAGUUUGACAACUACCUCACACCAAUUGGCGGAGCUAAUGCUGCUGUUAUGGAAGUGGACACAACUUCUCCAUCUCUUAAUCCAAACCAACUCACACAAACUUGCGAACAAUCAAUCGUUGCUCAACCAGAUUCUGCAGGUACGCAUACGGGGAGUCCUUCUGCAAGCUGCAGCAGUACUCCUGCCAAAAGGGAUAUUACGUCAACCUCAAUUAACGAUGUCAUUCAGUUUGAAGAUAUCACUCCUAAACAAUCAGCCACUAAGGCCAAGAAUGGAAAAAAGACCAAGCAUUUCAAAAAGGAUUAAUUUGGUACACACAGCAUUGCAUUUUUUGGGAUGAACCAGUCUAGGACUCACCAAAUCUGCCGGUUUCCAACUUUACCUAUUGUACAAACCAGGCUGUCAUCAUUUCUUUCAUUGGAAACAACAUCCAUUGAUAUAUUCUUGCAUUGGUCUGCCACAUAUGAGCUGCUUCAUAGUACAAAUACCAUAAUUAUGGGAAACUCUUUAGAUUAAGGUCACUUUAACCUUAAAUUCAUGGGGCUUUGAAACACGGUCACUCUGUGUUGCCAAUUAUGGACCCUUUUGACAGAAAACUUAACGAGAAAAAUGCACGAUCAAAAAGAUCGUUGAUUUUGAAAGAGAAUCGUUCCAAACGUCAGAAAUACAAUCCUGAACAACUACUUCCUGGUGAUACCAUGAUGAAUACUCCAAUGUCAAAAACACUAAGGGAGCCUUUGCUCGAUUGGACCGCAUCGUUUAAUAAAUUUAAUAACAGCUCUUAAAAUGAUGGCCAGUCUGUUGUCUUAAGUGGACGUUUUGAUGGUUCAGAACCUAGCAUGUCAAGACACGUUUUUAAAACAAAUAUCAGGUCCUGCCAGCUACAAAGUUUGGGAAGAAAUCUAUUUUCCAAUUUUGCAUCCAGUUCUAAUACGAAGGAAAAUGAGAUGAGUCGUACCUCUAAGCAAAAACCAUCUCCUGUACAAGAAAACAUCGUCAGUGGGGCUGGAAGUUCGUCGAAUGUAUCCACAGCUACAGCAACUUCCAGACCAGGUCGAGGUAGGCCUAAGAAUCGCUAUGGAAUUCCAAAUAUGGCUAGGAAUUUGACAAGAAAGUUUCCUAUACCACCAGCGGAUGGUAAUGCCACGGCGAAUUUGUAUCUCGGGACUAACACGCAAAAUAGCAAUCCAAAUGUGAUCAUAGAAGUUCCAGCUCUGGCAGAUCAACAACCGUGUCAUUUAAACCACACAUCGUAUUCCAGAACAAAACCACGAUGUGCAACAGUUCCCAAGCCAUCUAGAGGGGGGCCUAGAAAACAAUUGCCUGAUCCAAUUCUGCCGUUGGGUUUAAAUAGAGAGCUCAACAUUCAUACCAUGAGUCUGGCGCAGUCUACUGCAAAUGUUACACCCCGUGCAAGGAAUGUGUUUACAACUGAAGCACCUGUAGUUGAAAUAGGUAUGGAAAGAAACCAUCCUGUUAAUAACAAGGUGUCGUCGGUGUCACAAUCCACAAACAACCACCAUCGUAGAACGGAGACAACAUGUCCGAUUUUUACACCUACAACCAACAUGGAUUUUAAUAGCGACUCUGACAAUGAUAGCGACUACGACCCUUUUGCAGAUGAUAAUUGUUCGGAGUCAGACGAAUAUGAAGCACCUUUUUCAAUCAACGACAACGCAACGAGAUAUUCAGAAGAAUAUUACGAUAUCGGUUCCCCUCUUAUCGAAUGUUCUUAUUGUAAAGCAAUGAUGUGGUAUCAAGAGAGGAUGCACAAAAGUACACAUUCAGCAAACCCAAAAUUUAUGAUGUGUUGUGGGAACGGAAAAGUUGAACUACCAAUCCUAAGAAAUCCUCCGGAACAGCUUGCAAAACUUUUGUUCGAUCAUGACAAUACAGUUAGCCGGAAGUUUCAACAACAUAUCCGACUUUACAAUAUGAUGUUUGCAUUUACAUCACCGGGAGCAAAGUUUGACAAUCGUUUUAACGAUGGCCGUGGCCCCCCAACCAUGAGGAUACAAGGUCAAACAUGUCAUCGAAUUAGAAGUUUGUUGCCUCCUCAAGGUGGAAAACCAAAAUUUGCUCAAUUAUAUAUUUAUGACACCGAAAAUGAGGUAGAAAACCGGAUGCAUGGCCUAAGGAACAAAGAAAACAUUGAUCCUGCUGUGGUCAACCAGUUGUCCAGUAUGCUUUAUGAAUGCAAUCCCCAUGCUAAGAGAUUUCAAAUGGCGAGACAAUGGUUAAAUAGUGGGGAAACUCAAAACCUUAAGCUACGACUCAUUUCUAGCCGAUCCACCGAUGGGUGAGUGUAU